UCAAUUUUCACUUUUAUAGCAGGAAUUUAAUGGCGGGGGAAGUUAAGCAGACUGUAAAACGAGUGUGUGUGACAGGAGCAGCCGGAUACGUGGGAUCAUGGCUGGUCAAAAAUCUUCUGGAAAGGGGCUACACUGUCAACGCCACCCUUAGAGACCCAGGGGACGGCACAAAAUCUGGGCCUUUGUUGGAGUUGCCGGGAGCAAAGGAAAGGCUUAAACUCUUUAAAGCUGACUUAUGUUUAGAGGGCAGCUUUGAUUCUGCAGUGGAGGGUUGUCAAGGAGUUUUUCAUGUGGCAGGUCCCACGGAUAUUACAAAAUCUAAUCUGGACGAUUUUGUUGUACCUGCUGUAAAUGGAGUACACAAUGUUAUGAAAGCCUGCCUAAGAGCUAAAUGUGUUAGACGUGUAAUUUACACUUCAUCAAUUUUAGCUGCUUCUCCAAUGAAUGACAAUGGGGAAUUCAUCCACACAUGCGUUGACGAAAGUUGCUGGAGUCCCCUAAAUUUUCUUAAAUCUGAAACAAACAAGUUAGCUUGGUAUAUGAUAGCUAAGACAUUAGCAGAACAGGAGGCCCUUAAAUAUGGCCUUAAUAGUGGCAUUGAGGUGAUCAGCAUCCUACCAGGUUUGGUGAUUGGGCCUUGGUUUACAGCUACAAGUGCUUUAACAUCUGCUCAAACAAUAUUAGCUCUCAUUGGAGGAAACAAUGAAUUUUAUGAAGUUAUCAAGUAUGACGAAUUCGUAUUGGGAUCUAUACCAAUUGUUCAUAUUGAAGACACUUGCAAUGCCCACAUAUUCGUCAUGGAAUGUACCAAUGCUCGAAAUCGCUAUGUUUGCGCAUCGGAUUCUUUGAGUCUCAAAUCUCUCAAGGAUUUCCUUGCUAAGCAAUAUGUACAAUUCAAGAAUUCUCUCAAGUUGGAUAAAGAUGAGGGAGUUGAGAGGUCCCUGCCUUUUUCUUCAAAGAAAUUGUUGGAAAUGGGAUUCUCUUAUAAGUAUCAUUUACCAGAAGCUUUCCAGGAGACCAUGGACUGUGUUAUAAAGAAUGGACUGUUGAAAGUCAUGGUGAAUAAAUAAGAUAUUUGAAAUAAAAAGAGCAAAAGCGCAGCAAAAAGAACGAGUAUUUGUAUAUUAUUAGUAGAUAUAUUAUAUCACAACUUUGUUUUCUUCCUUGCCUAUAGUAGUAGAUUUCAUACAGUUAUCUGGAGGAAUCUAGAAAGACCAAUAAAAGUCUCUGAAGUGAAAAAUCUUGGAAAAUAUGAAUGUUUUCAUAUGCUGCAAUGUUCCACAUAUUAGAAUAUUCAAUAGAUAGAUAUUAUGAUUUUUUUU